UGUGAGAAUUUGCCGAUCUGCUUCUCUUCUGAGAUGGCAAAUGCUUUGUUCUCUUUCACUCCAUUCGACUUCGGCGGAUUCCAAAGUGACUGUCCUCCUGAAGAUUAUGAGAAAGGGGAAGCUGUUACGAAAGGAAAACAAUACCCUUUGUUUUCAAUGGAAGAACAGGGGCAGGUCUAUCCUCUAUGUUCUGAAUAUAGAGCUUAUCACGAUGAUUUGGCCAGUAAUAAAGGGUUACAUUUCUUUAAAGAUCAACAUCAACAGCAGCAACCACCGCCUCCGAAAUCAAAUUGUUUGACACUUGAUGAAUAUUUCGGUUCUUGUUUCCGAGCACCAGCACAACCAAUUCAGGAAGUAAAGAAGUCUGAGAAUAUUUCCAAACCCAAUAAAGAAUCGUCACAUCCUUUUGUUCUAUCCUCAUCUCUAGAGCUCCUCAACAAUUAUGGAAGCGGUAUCAAGAAAUUGUACGUGAACCAAUUCAGCAAAGCAAGCAACCAAACACCUCAUGUAGAGACUCGAAAAAAGUUAUCGACCGAGGAGGUUAUGAGGGUAGCUGGAGCAAGGUAUAUACACUUCUCUGAUCCAAGGUAUGAUGAUUUCUCCAUGCUUAUGCACCCCUUUGGCUAUGCUCUCUCCGGCCUGUCUGAAGAAGAAACAAGAGAUGUGGAGCUUGCUCACCUUCUUUUGACUGCUGCAGAGAAAGUAGGCUACCAACAAUAUGAUCGUGCAAACAGAUUGCUCACCCGCUGCGAAUGGAUUGCAUCUGAGAGAGCCAAUCCAGUCCAGAGAGUCGUGUACUGCUUCGCGGAAGCUCUGCGAGAGAGGAUUGAUAAGGCGACGGGAAGGUUUACACAGAAGGAAAGAGAAGCAAAAUGUGACAUUCCUCAUGGGUUGAGUUUCAAUCUUGCUGUCCUUAGUUUCCACCAAAAUGUUCCUUUUAAUCAAAUUACGCAGCUCACAUCAAUCCAAGCCAUAAUGGAAAACAUUGGAUCAGCUCGGAAGCUCCAUGUGAUCGACAUUGAAAUUAGAAGUGGAGUUCAAUGGACAGCGAUGAUGCAAGCUCUUGCAGAGCGCGAACAGCGCCCACUAGAACAUCUUAAGAUAACUACGGUGGGCUUGGCAGGCAUACACAACAAGAUAGAGGAGACAGGUAGGAGCUUAGAAAGGUUUGCCAAGUCCAUGAACUUUCCUUUCACAUUCAAGGCAAUUUAUGUAUCAAGCAUGAUGGAUAUGAAGGAGGAGCUAUUCGAAAUCGCUGCUGAUGAAUCCUUGGCGGUUGUUUCUAAUAUGGCUCUUAGGACAUUGAUCUCAAGCCCUGAUUGCUUGGAAAAUUUAAUGAGGGUGAUUAAAAAUCUCAAUCCAACAUUAAUGUUGGUUACUGAAGUUGAAGCCAAUCACAAUUCACCUAUAUUUGUGAAUCGUUUCAUUGAAGCACUGUUCUUCCAUAGUGCGUACUUCGAUUGCCUUGAAACAUGCAUGGAACAGAACAUUGAGCAUAAAUCGAUAAUUGAAGCAGCAUUCUCUCACGGGAUACGAGAAAUUGUAGCAGUGGGGGACAAGGAAAGGAUUGCUAGAAGUGUGAAAAUUGACGUUUGGAGGGCAUUCUUCUCAAGAUUUAGAAUGGUGGAAAUAGGAUUUAGCGAGUCAUCCUCGUACCAGGCUACAUUGGUUCAUAAACAAUUUCCUUGUGGGAGUUCAUGUACUCUUGAUAAGAAUGGCAAGUGUCUACUUGUUGGGUGGAAGGGAACCCCAAUUCAUUCCCUUUCAGCUUGGAAGUUCUCUAGAGAGAGACUAGGAAGGUUCUUUGCAAAUUAUAGAUUCUGA